AUGCCGCCAGCAAAGAAGGAGUCAAAGGACAAGGACAAGAACACACACAAGCUUGCUCUGAAAGGUNUUCAGCGUGGUGUCUACCCACCAGAGGACUUUACAGCGUAUGCAUUCAUUCCCUACACUCACAAUCUUCUGUUUCUCACAAAGUGCUCAGAGNUCAAGAAAUAUGGUCUUAACAUGCUGGGUAAGGUGAAAACAAACAUGGUUUAUGAGCUCAUGAGGCUAAAGUCCACCANNGUCUCCCAGGAUGACCAGGUCAAAGCAUACAUCAAGAAGAUCAUGUCACAAUUGAACAAAUGGAUGCUCAAGUCAAAGAUUUCGAAACUCAUCAUCGUCAUCACCAGCAAAGAGACUGGCGAGCCUGUCGAGAGAUGGCAAUUUGACGUCGNNGUCCAAAUAUUCGGCAAGGAUUCUAAGAAGAAGAGCUCAAGCAAGACCGUCGAUGAGAAUGCUGCCAGGUAUGAGAGAUGGUCCCUCUGGUUUGUGGAAAUACUGACCGGGGAUUCCCNNAGCGCAACUGAGCAAGCACCUGAGAAGACCGACCAAGACGUGCAACAGGAGAUACAAUCCAUCUUCCGUCAAAUCACAGCUUCUGUCACCUUCUUACCCAUGCUCGAUGGCAACUGCACAUUCAAUGUACUGGUCUAUGCCGAUCAAGACUCAGAGGUGCCAUUGGAGUGGGGCGACAGCGAUGCCAAAGACAUCCAAGACGCUGAGAAGGUGCAACUACGCAGCUUCUCCACCAACAACCACAAAGUCGAUACCCUUGUGAGCUACAGAUUGGCCGAGUGA